AUGGCGUGGCAGGGGCUGGUGCUGGCUGCCUGCCUCCUUGCGCUCCCCUCCACCACAGCAGACUGCCUGUCCCGGUGCUCCUUGUGUGUUGUGAAGACACAGGAUGGGCCCAAACCCAUCAACCCCCUGACUUGCUCCCUGGAAUGCCAGGCCGCCCUGCAGCCCGCUGAGGAGUGGGAGAGGUGCCAGGGCCUUCUGUCUUUCCUCACUCCCUUCACCCUUGGGCUUAAUGGCAAGGGAGACUUGGAGAGCAAGGCAGCUUUGGAAGAGCCCUAUAGUGAGCUGGCGAAGCACACAGAGCCCUCCUUGAAGGAGCUGGAGAAAAACAGCUUCCUUCUCAGAACCCCAGCAGAGGAGAAUGAUCUGAGCAGCAGCCUGGCAGAGAAACUCAGGGGUCUCUCUGGCAGGUUGGGGGAGGAAGCAGAGUCUGAGCUGAUUGGGGGGGCCCAGCCGAACGAUGGUGCCAUGGAGGCUGGAACACUGGAUUCCGAUGAGGAGGACCCCAAGGAGCAGGUCAAACGUUACGGGGGCUUUUUGCGCAAAUACCCCAAAAGGAGCUCAGAGGCGGCUGGAGAUGGGGAUGGGGAUAAGGUGGGCCAUGAGGACCUGUACAAGCGCUAUGGGGGAUUCUUACGACGCAUCCGUCCCAAGCUCAAGUGGGACAACCAGAAGCGCUAUGGCGGUUUUCUCCGGCGCCAGUUCAAGGUGGUUACUCGGUCUCAGGAAGACCCCAAUGCCUAUUACGAAGAGCUUUUUGAUGUGUAA